CGGAGCGUCUCACUGCGUCCUGCGUGUCGGUACAGAGGAUACACACACACACACGGAGUGUGUCAGAGUGAGUGUGUGUGUGAGUGUGUGUGUUUCUGUGGAUUUGUGUCGCUCAUGGCGGAGUUACGGGACGCGCUGCACCGUGCGGAGGAGAGAGAGCUGUAGGUCUCACCGUCCUGUGUGUGUGUGUGUGUGUGUGUCGCGAUACUCCGGUCCGUCUGGUUCCGCACCGAUACCGAUACCGGAGAGUUGUGUAGCGGCCCGGAGCUCCAGUGUGAGGUGUAGAGAUGGAGGCGGUGAUGGAGAGAGAGUGCAGCGCGCUGGGGGGUCUGUUUCAGGCUGUCAUCACCGACAUGAAGAGCAGUUACCCCGUCUGGGAAGACUUCAUCAGUAAAGCUGGAAAACUGCAGUCUCAGCUGAGGACGACGGUGAUGGCUGUGGCCGCCUUCCUGGACGCCUUUCAGAAAGUGGCCGACCUGGCGACAGGGACUCGAGGCGGCACCAGAGACAUCGGCUCGGCCCUGACCAGGAUGUGUAUGAGGCACAGGAGCAUCGAGGCGAAGCUGAAGCAGUUCUCCACGACGUUUAUCGACUGCCUCAUUAACCCUCUUCAGGAACAGCUGGAGGAGUGGAAAAGAGGGGCAAACACACUGGACAAAGACCACGCCAAAGAGUAUAAGAAAGCUCGUCAGGAGAUCAAGAAGAAAUCAUCAGACACUCUGAAACUACAGAAGAAAGCUAAAAAAGCUGAUGCACUGGGGAGAGGGGACAUCCAGCCUCAGCUGGACAGCGCCGUGCAGGACGUGACGGACAAAUACCUGCUGCUGGAGGAGACGGAGAAGCAGGCGGUGAGGAAGGUGUUGACAGAGGAGCGAGCUCGCUUCUGCGUCUUCGUUUCCAUGCUCCGUCCUGUCGUGGACGAGGAGACCGCCAUGCUGGGGGAGAUCGUCCAUCUUCAGACUAUCGCCGAGGACCUCAGGACUCUGACUGUGGACCCGCACAAACUGCCCCCCGCCAGCGAACAGAUUAUCCACGACCUAAAGGGUUCUGAUUACAGCUGGUCCUAUCAAACCCCUCCCUCGUCCCCGAGCGCCACCAUGUCCAGGAAGUCCAGCAUGUGCAGCAGUUUGAACAGUGUGAACAGCAGCGACUCGCGCUCCAGCGGCUCACUGUCUCAUUCGUCCUCCCCGCUCUAUCGCUACCGCAGCAUCGCCGUGCCGCAACAGGUCCCCGCCCGCCUCGCCAGCGUCUCCUCGCACGAUUCGGGCUUCGCCUCGCACGACGCCUUCCAGUCCAAGUCGCCGUCGCCCAUGCCAUCAGACCCCACCCCUCAGCUUCCUUCCAGCUCUGCUUCCUCGGACUCCUCUGACUCGGCUCGGUCGCUCGGCGAGAUCAGCUCUCCCUCUGAAAAGCUGUCAAACGGCUUCGACCACCACAGCCCCGCAGAGGCCUCGUACCCGUCCGCAGUGGCCUUCUCCUUCCCACCAAAUCCCUCCCCCUCCCUCCCCUCCUACUGUCCUUCCUCCUCCUCCUCCUCCUCCUACUCUUCCUCCACUCCGAGGUCGUGGUCGAGGCCGGGCUCGGCGCUGAUGCUCGAUUACCCCCAUUACUCCACGCUGAACCCCGGCAUGCUCCCCCCAUCCUCCAAGAUCCCCAGCUGGAAGGACUGGGCCAAACCGGGCCCGUACGAUCAGCCCAUGGUGAACACGCUGAGGAAGAAGAAGGAGCCGAAGGAGGCUGUGGACGUGAACGGCUCGUACCAGCCCACGUUCAACUCCACACAGCCCGAGGACAAUCAGAAACCCAGGAGCGUCGCUAAUACACCGAAGGAGGUGGAGGCUCAGCAGGACUUGGCUCUGGCUCUCUCUCGUGGUCUGCAGUUGGACGCUCAGCGCUCGAGCAGGGACUCGCUCCAGUGUUCCAGUGGGUACAGUACUCAGAGUACCACACCCUGCUGCUCUGAGGACACCAUCCCCUCUCAGGUGUCCGAUUAUGAUUAUUUCUCCGAGCAGCAGGACUUCGAUAAAUCCUCCACCGUCCCGCGGAACAGCGACCUCGGCCAGAGUUACCGCAAACUCUUCCAGGCCAAACGUCCCGCCUCCACCGCCGGCAUCCCGUCCGUCCCCGCCGUUCCGGGCGUGGCCACCAUCCGCCGCACCCCCUCCACCAAACCCUCGGUGCGAAGGGGCAUCGGCCCCGUCCCGAUCCAGACCCCGGUCAUCCCCGUCAUGAUCCCCACCGUGCCGGACUUCGUGGGGGUGGAGCCUAACGAGGAGGCAGAGCCGAGCGCCGAAGCGGAGCAGGAACCCCUCCUGCCGGUGGAGUCGUGGAGCGGCCAGGCGUCCACUAACCCACCCCUGUACUCCGCCUACGAAGGGCAAGAGGACGCCAUGGAGGAGGGAGACACCAUGCUGCAGUCCAUCCGCAGAGGGGUCCGGCUGAAGAAGACCACCACCAACGACCGUUCUGCGCCACGCAUCCAAUAAUAUUACUCCAGCAUUUAAAUUCCCUAGGAACAGUUACUAUGGUAACGGACAGGGCUGUCGUUAGUUUGUUUUGUUCUCAGAUCAUUCUUUUCUUGUGUGUUUUCUGGACUAUAAGGCAACAGAACUCUUUGCUUGUUGUAAUUGCAGUCAUUGGAUGCAGCGCCCUCUACAGGUGCAGUGCAGUUUUCAUGUUUGUUCUGUUGGUGUUUUGCCGUAGCACUCGUCCCUCUGUUAUAGUUAUACAGCCAUGUCUAUUAGCAAACCGGAGACAUUUGUUUUAUUAUUAUACACACACACACACACACACACAGUGUCACAGUAACUGCAUAAAUGUAUUAGCUUAUCAGUAAAGAAAAAUUCUAAUUGACAAAUGAAAAUGUUUACUUAGACUGGAUUAGCAUAAAGCUAGCUACGUGACUGUACAAUGUUGUGAGUGAUGUCACCGGAUGUGCUCAGUGAGAAUCGGUAAUCAAACAGCGAGAGAAAAGGUUUUGUUUGUAGCGUUUAGUUUCUUUCUGGUGUAAUUUUUCCCAUUUUCAUUAAAAAAUAAUAAUAAUAAGUAAAUAAAUCGCACGGCAGAUUUGACAAAACCAUAUAUACAAACAUAUCAAAUGUAUAAAAUGUAUUAUGUGUCGUGAACCGUUAUAACAUUUAGCUAGCACGCUAACGAUAAGCUAGUUACUGUGUUAAGCUGUGAAGUUUAAUGUAACCAUGCAGCGGCUUCAGACGGCCCACGAACACGACCGCUGAGCAAAAGAAACGUCAACGACUUACAAAACAGGUGAUUUACAAAAUAUUUGACUUUAGACGCUCAAGCCGAUCGUCCGCCUGGCUCGGGACGCGGCGUCUGAUUGGAGCACAGCGACUGCGCAUGGUGCUUUCUCACUCGAGUAAUUACAGAAUACUUAAUAAGCAUAUAAAAUUAACGCUGCUAGCCUAGCUGCACUAGCAUGCUAAAAGCUAACCUGUGUUCCCGAGGACCAUAAUAAUGAGAGUAGCAGGACUACACAUACACACACACACACUGUAGUGAGGACACUAACAACGAAAUGUGUCUUAUCGUCCAGACAACGCGCUCUGUUCCUUCUGUGUUGUUGUGUUUCUGCGCGUCGCACAACAGGACAUGAACUGAGGUCCGCUUUAAUCCCUUACAACAGCACUCUGACGAUGGAGUAAGUAUUUGUCACGAUAAAAUGGAAAUAUUUGGUGAAGUGUUAUAAACGCUGUUUUAUUUUUAUUUGUUUUUCUUAUAAUAAAAAAAACCUUCGUAAAAAUACUAAUUAUUAACAUAUUCAUAUUCGUUAACCGUGUAACAAUUUACAGCAUUAACAGUAUAUGUUUUGGUUUUUGUCUAUUUUUAUAAUGCUAUAAAUAAUCAGUCUCUAACAUUAGCAGAAAAAUAAGUAUAAACGUUUGUAUAAAAAAUGAAGUGUAAAUAACGACGGGGCCGAACAACGACUUUUAAUUUAUUCACGCGCUCGGUAAAGUAAAUCCGUCCUUUUCUUUGUGAAAUAUUGUACAUUAUGUUUAUAACGAGGUAAUUUGUGUAGAAAAGCACACGCAUACACACACACACACACACACACACACACGCGUCCAUGUUCAUUUCACAUGUUCAUAUUUUAUUUUUUGUGUAAAAAUCAAACACUAUAAACUGGUGUGAAAAAUCUAGAUUUUUCUUCUUCACUUACAGACUUCAUCAGAUUUCCUUUAAUUAUAAAAAUUUUGGUGCUUUUUUUAAUUAUUAUUAUUAUUAUUAUUUCUGUGACACUGAAACUAGAAAGCGUUCUGCUUGUUUGUUUCAUUUAUACUGUAUACACUCAUGUUAGCGUGCUAACUGUCUCGCGUGCUACGUAGCUGUAUUGCUAGCCAGCUAGCAGGAUAAAGUACCGAGGUUUUCUCAGAUGGUGACAUAAAGGCUAAUUUGAAAGCAGAAAUUAAGAUGAUGUUAUAUUUUGACAUAUUAAAUAUUUUAUUCCUUAAACAUUUA